UGCCUUGAAGAAUUCAUACGUUCUUUCAGAACGGAGAAUAAUCGUACAGGGUCAGAGUGAGAACACCCCUCCAUGGCCUAGCAAGAACAUUAGAUUCAAAUUCAGAAUUCUUAAUAAGGCCGCACGUACUCUUCUUGCGCUCGGCCGCACGUUCUCCUUCAGUCGCCCGCCAUCAUGCGUCCUCAGGCCUUCUCCCACGAUCUGGGCCGAUCAGCAGCGGCAAUCAUCAGUUAUAAUAUUUAUUUACAAAUAAGUAGUGUUCAUUCUGAGUAAAAAUGGUACUCAUUCUCAAAUAAAUUAAUGUUCAUUCCAAAAUAAAAUAAAACACAUAGUAGUAUGGAAUAACCUUCCUUCUCCGCAAUCUCCUCCAUCUACACAGCACAGCGGCUUUUUUUGAGACCCGACCCGCUUUAACGCCGCCGCCACCUUCCUUCUCCACCGCCGCUUUUCUCCAGAUUUUCGCCACCAUCCUCUUCGUCAUCUUCGCUACUCCAUCGUUUUUCGUCUUCGCUGCUCCUCGUCAUCACCGCCGCCACCUUCCGUCUUUCUUCUCCGGUGACCCGACCCGACAAAUAGAGGAGACGCAGUAAUUUCGGCAGCUUCCUUUCCAUCUCAUUCCUUCUUCAAUUAGCCGGUUGUACCGAAAAUUAGGCACAACCGGAUGUACUAGAUAAUUUGCGAUCCUACUCUAUUCCCAUCGGUGGUGAUUAAAAAAAACGCAUCGCCGGUUAGCCGAGGAUUUCUGCCGCUUCACCAGUUAGGGAUGCCGGUUAAUUCAGUGCAAACAUCGCCGGUACAAUUCGCCGGGAAGGAACGCCUGUUGGGCUUGCUACCGCCGGUAGGACCUGCAGUGAAGGCUUCUCAAAACUUCGCCGUUUCAAGAGUCUUUUGGGUUGUCUGAAACAGGUUUCUAGACUUUGGGACGUGUACAACCUGAAGAACAAUACAGAACUUCUUAGUACUGACAUGGUUUUGAUUGAUCAAGAGGGAUCAUAUAUCCAUGGCAGCAUCAAAGGCAAUUUAGUCCAUUUGUUUCGUGAUGUGAUUGUUGAGGGUGAAAUAUAUUCUAUUGCAAAUUUUGAAAUCGUUGAUAACAGAACCCGUUUUCGUGUGGUGGGAGACAACAAACACAUGAUUCAGAUUAAUGCAGAGUCGACUGUUAGGCCUGCACCGGGACAAUUGCCUAACAUUGCAAUGCACCGUUUUGAUUUAUUAGAUUUUGAUAAAGUUCCCAUGAGAAAAGGGCUAGACUACAUCCUUACAGAUGUUGUGGGACAAGUUUGCAGUGAGGGAGAGGUGACGAAUAAGAAUGUGUAUGACCGUACUGUGAAAAGUCUCAUGCUAGAAUUGCAGGAUUUGAGAGGUGCAAAAAUGAGAAUAACACUUUGGGGCAAAACUGUUGACGAGUAUACUACCCAAAAAGCUACAAUUCUGGGAUCUGUUAUUGUUGGGGUGUUCACAUCAAAUCUGGUGAAAGAAUAUAUGAAGACCACUACAUUGUCUUCAACAACUGCUACUAAGGUGUUCUUAGAUGUCGGCAUUGACGAAGUUGCUGCACUAAAAACUAAGUUGACCAGUGCAGAAUUGAACGACUAUUGGUCCAGAAGCCUAUUGUAGAUCGUGACACAGUUCUUUCUGGGUUGAAGACCAUUGCGGAGCUUUUAAAUAUUGCGUCAGGCGACUUUAAAAACGGUGCACAACAUUACUGCCAUGCACUGAUAGAAGACAUAAGCAACAAGAAUAGUUGGUAUUAUAACUCAUGCGGAGAAUGCAAGGGAAUAGUUAAGCCAAGUGGAACAAAGUUUUGGUGCAAAAAACAAUCUAAAUUAGUGGAUGACUCCGUAACCAGGUAUCGACUUGAAGCUUUGGUUAAGGAUAAAACCGAGGUUACAAAAUUUAUUAUCUUUGAUGACGAAGCUGAAAAGCUAAUAGGCCAAUCUGCUAUUAACCUGUAUGAUAUGGAAGAUAAACUUGAGGAUGAAGAUUCACAAGGCCAGUUACCUGCAUUGAUUGGAAAUCUGAUUGGACAGACGUUUGUGUUUCAUGUCAGACUCACUGAAUACAACAGAACAGCAUAUACGCAGAGUUUCGGAGCAUCUAAAGUACACAAUGAAUCUAUACUUGGCGCAACGGAAAAUAAAGAGACACCUGAUCAUGCCUCUACAAGUACCACAUCCAGUUCACCCGUCACACCAGUCACACAAGAGAAUUCCAAUAAAAGGAGGCGUUUAAGGUUUCAUGUCUCUUAAUGAAUGUAACAUGUCAUUUCAAAUCCAUGAUGUUUUCUCAAAUUUAAUUAUUCAACUUUGUCCCAGUGUGAACACCCAUGCUGCUAUUCAGGCACCUUGAAGCAACCAGAUGCAGCAUUAUCAGGCAGUGGAAUUUUGCUAGCUAUAAUGGAAUAACGUUUCUUCGAAUAAAGUUUAAGUCUGUCAUCAGUAUUUCACAUGGUUGUUAAGUCGGCAAGUCGAGUCGAGUCGGUGACGGGGAGAUUAGUGGACUAGGCGACUAGUCGUAGACUAGUCGACAAAUCACAAUUAGUAUUGAAAUUUUUAACAUUAUAUAUAUUUGCAUUAACCCAACAUGAAAUUGAAAUAUUAAAUUGAAAAAAAACUGAAAUAUUAAACUGAAAAAAAAAACUGAAAUACUAAAAUACUAGAAUAAGAAAAAAAAUUAAAAUAUUAACUGAAAUUAGAAAAAAACUGAAAUAUUAAAAAAAUAAAAGAAAACUGAAAAUUUUAAAGUAUAUUAUGCUCCCUCCGUCCAUGUAUGAUCUUCUCAUUACGCGUUACGAGGCUUGACCGACUUUAUUUUCAAUUCAAUUUAAUUAAUUAUAGGAGUAAAAUUUUAAAAUAAAAUUUAUAUAGUAAUAAACUACAUGAAAAGUUCUACAAAACUAGAGGUGACAAGGCUAUAUUAUUUUAUGAAAUGACUAGUAAAAUUGAGUAACCAAAUCAAUGAAAAUUAAAUCUUACACUUUAUAGUUUAAGAUUUCUCAUAAUUUUUUUCUUAUUCUAGUAUUUUAGUACAAAACCAAAAAAAAUUGAAAAAUUAAACUGAAAAAAACUGAAAUACUAAAAUACUAUAGGAAGAAAAAAAUUGAAAGAAAUCUUAAACUGAAAAAUUAAAAGAAAUACUUUAAUGAUAACAAAGUAAAAGAAAUCUUACCCAUAGAUGGAGAGUCGCUGAUGGAGGCAGAUGGAGGAGAAUCGCUGAUGGAGGAGAGUCGCAGGAGGCCUUGAAGUCG